GAUAUAAAUGUUUCUGUACCAGGAACAAGCAGCCAAGGAAGCAGCAGCUGCUGCUGCUAAGGAAUUACAGGAGUCGGAUUUACAGAACUGUUCAGAAGAGUUGCUCAAUGCAUGACAACUUGCUGCUGCGGCUGCUGUAGCUGUGGAAAAAUCAAAGAAGGAAAGGAAACAGAAACGAGAAGCAAAUGCCAAGAAUGGAACUCCAGCUCAAACCGCUGCUGAAGCCACCCGUGAAAUGCUAACUAAGAAGAGGUUAAGUUCAAAAAUCAAUUAUGAAGUGCUGGAGAAGCUGUUUGAUGAUUCUGAAGGGAAGCAUGAUUUACAAGUCUCUGGACAAAAAUGGCAGAAAAGGAGAAUGAAAAACAGACUGCUCCUGAGAACUCGAAGAAAAAGCGUGUUGAAUCAGAUCAUGAAAAUGAUGAUUAUGGGCAGCAAAUCAGCGAAGAAUCAGGUGAGAAAGUUGUAUCAGAUGUGGUGGAUAACAAUGCUGAUUUCAGGGAGGACGACUAUGAAGAAGGGGAUGGUGAUGGCUUGUAUUAUGGAAAUGAAGAGGAUGGAUAUGGUUAUGAUGAUGAAUAUUGAUCUGAAACUCAACUCCUUCUAUGUCUAUAUCUUGAUUCAUUUGGAGGUGGAGCCGGAGGUGUUUGAAGAUUAUGCCUUAUAGUAAAACAGUUCAUUUCAAUUGGCACCCUGGUUUCAACUCUACCCCGGCUAGGAUCGGGAGUUUCUGUUCCUAGUUGUUCCUCAUACCUUUUCAUGUUCCAUUGUUCGAUGGCCAGGCCAAAAUAUAAAGUCCUGAAAUUCGAGUCCAAGCAUGAAACAACAUUGUAGUUUUUAUUCAAAUUUCUACUAAUAAAAAAAAUCUUGCAGGUUCACAAA